GGUGUCGAGAUGCGGCAGUGGAUUGAUGACGUAUGCGGCGUCAAGCGGAGGCUGACCACUCAGCAUCAACAGGAGGCAGCACAGCAACACAACUUUAUCGCCAAACAUCAUGGACUUGGCCGAGGGAUCUGACUAUUCCAGCGCCAAGAGGGAGAGGUCGCGCUCCCCGAUUGAUGAGGACAGCCGAGACAGAGACGGUGGCAACGACCAUGAUGGGGACCGGGACCGUGGCCGCCGGAUGGACCGUGGGCGUCGCAUGGACCGCUCAAGGGGUGGCGGGAGACGAGGCUCAGAGGACACGCGGAUCUACGUUUCCAACAUUCCCUAUGAGUACAAGUGGCAGGAUCUAAAAGACUUGUUCAGGAAAGAGGUGGGAGAGGUGGCAUACGUAGAAAUGUUCAAUGAUGAGAACAACAGACCACGAGGGUGUGCUGUGAUUGAGUUUGAGAGCAUGGAUCUGGUGGCCAAGGCUGUCAAGACCAUGCACAGGUUUGAACUCAAGGGCCGGAAGUUGGUGGUGAAGGAGAAAGCAGAUGAUCUCCCACUUGCCUACUUGUCACAGAUCCGCAUGGGGAAUAGAAUGGGUGGACCAUCUCGCCAGGACUUCGACUCAGACAGAGACCGCCGCAUGAUGAAAUCCGACAUGCGCAGCAGAGACUUUGCCCGGGGCUCUGACAUUGGGGGCCCUCCCAGCAUGUCCGUCAACAAGUUUGGCAAUACGUAUGGCCUGUCCACAGUGUUCCUGGAGUCACUCGGCAUCACUGGACCUCUAGUCAACAAGGUGUUCGUAGCUAAUUUGGAUUACAAGGUGGACGACAAGAUGCUGAAGGAUGUGUUUAAGAUCGCAGGAAAGGUUGUCACUGUGGAGAUCAGCAAAGACCAGGAUGGGAAGAGUCGAGGCUUUGGAGUUGUUGAGUUUGAACACCCAGUGGAGGCAGUUCAGGCCAUCUCCAUGUUCCACAACCAGACUUAUUAUGACCGGAAGAUCAGUGUGAGGAUGGAUCGCGUCACAGAAAAGCAGGAAUCGACGGCCACCAAGCUACCGCCUGGCCUGAAGAGUCUCGGUAUGGGCCUUGGAGUCAAUGGCACUGCUCUCACUGACGUCGCAAGUCUGCCCAAUGCUGUUGCCACAGGGGUGUCUGCCUCACUGCCAGGCAUGGGCUCCAUGACCUCAAACAUGGGCACAAUGGGCAAUCAAAACAUGGGCAUGAUGGGCAUGGGAGGCACAACUGGCAUGGGGACAGGGAUGGCCAACCUUGGCACUGGCAUGGGGAACCUGGGUAACAUGGGCACAGGUCUCAGCAGUCUGGGGAACAUGGGCACCGGCAUGGGCAACAUGGGUACCGGGAUGAACACCAUGGGCAAUGGGAUGGGGUCCUCCAUCAUGGGGGGCAUGGGCACCUCCAGCAGCAUGGUGUCCAACCUGACUGGUGUGGGAGCUGGGCUGGCUGGUGGUGGUGGUGGCCUGGUGGGCUCCAGCCUGUCCCGGGGUAGCCUGGGCAGCAGUGGCGGUGGUGGAGGUGGCUACAGCUCCUAUGGGUCGUCCAGCCUCUCCAGGGAGUACAAUCAUGCCAGUGGCACCAACAACAGCUCCAGCUCGUACUCUGGCUACAGGAACAUCAUCCAGCUGAGCCACCUCCCCCUGGACUACACGUGGCAAUCCUUGCGUGACCUGUGCCGAGAGUUUGGGGAGAUAAGGUUUGCUGAAAUUCGCUCCAAGGGAACUGGAACAGUCCGCUUCCAGACCGAGUCUGAUGCCCGGAGAGCAGUCGAAAUGUUGGAUCGGCAGCGUCUGGAUGGAAGAAUUCUGGAUGUGGUGCUGUUGUAGAGCAGGUGACAAAGACCACGUCAACAAGGUGAAGCAGAGAGGGCCUUCCCAUGCACCAGGCUGGCCUGGCUCACAAGACUUCAGAAUCAAGGUAAAGGCUGCUUGCAGGGGAGAAACUUUCAUCUUGGUGGCAGUCUCGUUUUUUGACUGGUUUACGAGGAUUCAGUUUGUCCUGUUUUUCCAAUCUUGCAAGGCUGUUUCGUCACAGAAGACUGACUGCCUGCCUUCUUGUGUCUUGAGAGGAUUGUUGGCGGCAGUGAGGACACAGUUCCAACUUGAAAUCUCUGGUGGUCGAAAAUUUGAACUGAGUGGCAGUGUUUUUGAAGACGUGUUUUGUCGGUGUCUUUCGGAUCAUUGCUGCCUCUGCACCAUUGUGGAAUUUGACCAUCGCUCUUGGUAGUAUUUUUGGUAUUGAAGUAGGCACUGAUGUAUGUAGAUUAGAUAGAAGAAUAUGAGUGUCAUUUCUGAUAAAGUUUUUUGUCUUUUCUUUUUACGUCUUGAAUCCAUUGAACUAAGUUUAGCCCACUAGUUGCUAAUCUUUGGCCCAUUGUGAGGAUGUAUCUUCAAUACUUACUAUUAGCCAUUUCAUUACAUGUUGAACACGUGCUCAGUUGCGUACAAUUGAAGGUGGACUAGCAUAACUGGAUAACUGUACCUGUUAUAGAUAAGAUGUACUUCACAAAUAAAUGGGCUGUGGGCCUUUGCUGGUGUUUUUUCUUGUUGUCCUCUAGACUUUUGCAUUUAACCUUUCGUGUUAAAGGCUUGUGUGUGUUUUAUGUAGUCAUGCUCUGUGAAUUUGCCUUCUUGGUACUGAGAAGCUUCCUCGCCUCUCUGCAGGCAUGAAGUCGGUCAUGUUGUGAAGCUUUGUGUUGCUGGCUGCAAUGAUUGGUAGUCUGGGGUGUCACUAAUAGCCUGGGUGUGGAGGGAGUCUAACCUGACAUGCAUUGCAUUCCAGGUCAUCCAAGGGGCAUAAAUAAGUUUCUAAUGCCAUUUAGUCCACAGCUGAUUUUAAGAGCCAUGGUGGCUGACUUUAUGGAGGGAUGUGGUUGUGGUGCAUCUUGAGGUUGUGGUACAAUCUAGGGUGGAUGUUAGGCAUUGCAGUGAUAUGUUGUGAAUUAUUGUUUAGAUCAGUGUAGUGUCUGUGUGCUGGGCUGGCCAAGGUUUGCCUUGAAGGGAGGGAGUUGAGGCAAGACGUCACAUCUUGUCUCGCGGGGUGUUGUGUUGUGUUGGUGUGCUUGAAUACAGUGGUGGAGGCUUCAGGGUUGGUAAUUCAUCAAGUAGUGAUGUGUGAAGCUGCCAGGAUGAUGUGGCUGUUGUGUGGGGAUAAAAUUUGUGGAAAUCUGUUUUUGAUUCAUUCAUGUUUGGUCUGGAUGGAAGCAGUUUAUUGUAUAAUUUUCAUUGGUAUUUCAGUGUUCAAUAUGCUGCCAGGCCAGCUGGUGAUCAGCAUAUAUUUCAAAUUGGAAGUUGUACAAACUUGCCAGCCUUGAAUUUCUACCAUUGACUGUCCCAUAUAUUUUUACCGUGCUUCUUGCUUUUGUUGGGCGCCAUGUAAGUCUGGCUGUUGCAUUGCUGAGAGAGCAAGUGUGCAGCUUGCCUUGCAGUGGUGUGGUGGUGGUGGUGGUCUCAGGGAAAGACAUUCAGAAAUCUUGUAUUCAGUUGAAGUUAAUGUUUUAUUUGAAUUUUUGUUAUUUUUUAUUUGUCCACCUAAGAGAAUCAAUGUUUACUGUUUUUCUUAAUUUCUCCUAUUGAUACAUCAAUUUAAAAUUCAGCUUUCAUAUUUGCCUUAGUUAAUGUUAUCAAAAUUUUCCCAAGAUUACAGGUGUAAUCCUUUGUGUUUGUGCUUCCUUUCUUGAGUAGUGGGGACAUGUGUGGUCAGUGUGUGGUGGUCUGUGACUUGGCCAUGUGUGGUGCAGUGACAGUUAUGGGUGUGCUUUGCUGUGGUCCUCAUGUGAAAGGAUAGUAAUUUACAAACUAAUAUUGUAAACCUGUAUUGACGUGGCAUGAAUGAUGGUGGUGUGGCUCAUCUUGUGUGGUGUUGUGUUGGUGCUGGUGGUGUUGGUCUGUUUAGAUGCUCUGCUGUUUUUCUUCCUUGAGACUCACUAGUCUGGUUAGUUCAGGAAAACUUUGGUCAGGGUUACAUUGUAGACAGUUAUUAGUCAGUGUGAAGCAAAAACAGUACAAAAGAUGUACAAUAUAAUACUAUUGUCUUUUGAGCUAGUUUUCUGUCAGUACAGUCUUCAGGUUUGAAUUACAAAAGAUGUACAAUUGAAUACUAAUGUUUCGUCAACCAGCGUUUACAAUUGUAAGCCCAUUUAUUUGCUCAAGUGAAUAUUUUCUAUUUUUGUGUGUAUGUGUGUGCAUGCUUGCACAUGGGCAGUGUUCUGCAGGAAAUAUCAAAGCUUUUUUGUUAUUUUUAUAAAUGAAAAAUAAGGAUGGUUGAUGUCUUCUCUGAUGAGUUCUUAGACUAAGAGCAAGUUAUUGGUGUACUGAAGAUUGGUGAUGCACUGUGCCGUAUGUCACGACCAGGGGAGGAGGAGGCUGGUGAUGCAUUGUUUUUGGAUGUUCCACAGAUGUUCUGUCAACUUGUAAUGGACGAGAAGUUUUGCUAAUUUCGGAGUUCUGAAUAAAGUUUAUCCUUUCACGUAAGAA